CAGGUGAAUCUAGUGAUGUCCAUCCUGCUGUACGUGAUGGUCCUCACGUACCUCUACGGUAUCCAGGCGACCACCAUGGACGGCGGUCGCCAGGGGCAACAACAGGGACAACAACAACAACAGGAUCAUCAACAACAACAGCAACAACAGCAGCAACAACAACAACAGACCAGCCCUGACCCGCUGAACUCGCUCAUCAUCCAGCUGCUGCAGGCGGACAUCACGCGGGGGCGGACCAGGGAGAACCAGGGGGGGAGGCGCGAGGACAACGCCAUCGCCCCCCCCGGCUUCACCGCCCCCGGCCGCCCCGACCCCCCGGCCUCGGGGGGCGAGCAGCAGGGGGCGGCGGCGGCGGGCGGCGACCUGGCGCCCGUCACCGCGCUGACCUCCGACCUCCUGCGGCAGCACAAGCGCUACAACUCGCCGCGCGUGCUGCUCAGCCAGCGGCCGCCGCUGCAGCCGCCGCCGCUCUACCUCAUGGACGACUUUGUGGGCGGCAGCGACGGCAGCGGGCCGGAGGUGGAGGAGGCGGCGGAGGCGGCGGCGCUGGCGGCGGGGGGGUCGUCGCCGGGCAACAGGACGCGCAAGAAGCGGUACGCGGAGCACAAGAGCUACCGCGGGGAGUACUCGGUGUGCGACAGCGAGAGCGAGUGGGUGACGGACAAGUUGCAGGCCACCGACCUGCGGAACCGGCCCGUCUCGGUGCUGGGCCAGAUCAAGACCAGCGCCUCGGCCGAGGUGAAGCAGUACUUUUACGAGACGCGCUGCCGGGCGGCCGAGCCCUUUAAGAACGGCUGUCGGGGCAUCGACGACAAGCACUGGAACUCGCAGUGCAAGACGGUGCAGACGUACGUGCGCGCGCUCACGCAGGACGUGAACGACGUAAAGUGGCGGUGGAUCCGCAUCAACACCUCCUGCGUGUGCGCGCUGUCGCGGAAACACCGGAAGACGUAAGGGAUGGGGUGGGGCGCGCGCGCACGAACUGAACGAGAGGAUCGAACAUGGAAAACACGGAUGCUUGCUAGGACGUCCGCCCUCGUGCGGAGGAGGGACACGCCCCUAUAGGACCGCGCUGUGCGGGGUUUGAACCUUCCCCGCUCGUAACCGGGGACGGCUCACUUCCUGUCGGCAGACCCCGCCUCCUCUCGGGGAUGAUGGGCGGAGCUUAAAGGACGAUGACUCGGCGAGAAACAGGAACGGAUAUUUGUACUGAAACACUGUCCACGAUGGGUCCAAGGAACUGAGGUUUCCAAUCUCUGCUGCGAAUUUCACUGUUACUGUUUUUUUCCUUUUGUACUGCAGAGCCACUGUCCC